AUGGAGAGACCUGGGACCAGAGCGAGACCUUUGGUCCAACUGGGCCCCAUCCCCGCCCCGUUCCCCCCUGGUCCGGUCCGGGUCCUGUCCCGGUCCCUGGUCCCCUCCUGGUCCCUCUUGGUCCCCUCCUUGUCCCCUCCCGGUCCCCUCCUGGUCCCCUCCUGGUCCCUCUUGGUCCCCUCCUGGUCCCCUCCUGGUCCCUCUUGGUCCCCACCUGGGCCCUUUUGGUCCCCUCCUGGUCCCCUCCUGGUCCCUCCUGGUCCCUCUUGGUCCCCUCCUGGUCCCUCCUGGUCCCCUCCUGGUCCCUCCCGGUCCCCUCCUGGUCCCUCCUGGUCCCCUCCUGGUCCCUCUUGGUCCCCUCCUGGUCCCUCUUGGUCCCCUCCUGGUCCCUCCUGGUCCCCUCCUGGUCCCUCCUGGUCCCUCCCGGUCCCCUCCUGGUCCCUCCUGGUCCCCUCCUGGUCCCUCUUGGUCCCCUCCUGGUCCCCUCCUGGUCCCUCCUGGUCCCUCUUGGUCCCCUCCUUGUCCCCUCCCGGCCCCCUUCUGGUCCCCUCCUGGUCCCCUCCUGGUCCCUCUUGGUCCCCUCCUGGUCCCCUCUUGGUCCCUCCUGGUCCCCUCCUGGUCCCCCUCCCGGUCCCCUCCUGGUCCCCUCCCGGUCCCCUCCUGGUCCCCUCCUGGUCCCCUCCUGGUCCCUCCUGGUCCCUCCCGGUCCCCUCCUGGUCCCUCCCGGUCCCCUCCCGGUCCCUCCUGGUCCCCUCCUGGUCCCCUCCUGGUCCCCUCCUGGUCCCCUCCUGGUCCCCUCCUGGUCCCUCUUGGUCCCCUCCUGGUCCCUGGUCCCCUCCUGGUCCCUCUUGGUCCCCUCCUUGUCCCCUCCCGGUCCCCUCCUGGUCCCCUCCUGGUCCCUCCUGGUCCCUCUUGGUCCCCUCCCGGUCCCCUCCUGGUCCCUCCUGGUCCCUCCCGGUCCCUCCCGGUCCCCUCCUGGUCCCUCCCGGUCCCCUCCUGGUCCCUCCUGGUCCCUCCUGGUCCCCUCCUGGUCCCUCUUGGUCCCCUCCUGGUCCCCUCCUGGUCCCUCCUGGUCCCUCUUAG